AUGAGUACCAAAUAUGAUAAGAGUAAAAGUAGACGAGCAGUCAAAUGGACUAUUAUUAGUAUUUUGUUAUUCUCCACGAGUAGCCUUUUACAUGAUCCAAUAAAUCGACAACUUAUUGAGGAUCGAGAAGAAACUCGAACAUGGUGUUUAAUUCAAUAUUCAUCUGCACUUCAAAUAUAUAAUUCAACAAUAAAUAUAUUUCAUUUUUUCGUUCCCUUUAUUAUAAAUAUUGUUACUGCUUUUAUUAUAAUAUUUGUGGCUGCUCGAAGUCGUGCUACAGCUCAACGACAACAAACUUAUAAACAACAUUUAAAAGAACAAUUUCAUCGGCAUAAUCAUCUAAUUCUUAGCUCUAUAAUCUUAGUUAUACUUGCUACGCCGCGUCUAAUCAUUUCAUUCAUGUCUGGUUGUAUGAAAUCGGUUCGAAAUUCAGCUUUUUAUCUAGUUGGAUAUUUCAUAUCAUUUAUUCCACUCUGCAUUACAUUCAUCGUAUUUGUUCUACCAUCCAAAUUGUAUAAAAACGAAUUCUAUGCUGCAACUAGAAGAUUACGAACCUUUAUUGGAAGACAGUAA